AUGCCACCCAGCUCGAACUCGACACGACCACAUAUCCUGAGACCAUCCAACCUCUCCUCGCCUACGAGCUCUCCUCCUCCAAAGCCAUCAAGACCGAAUAUCUCAGAGAAGCCUGCCAUGACGCUCGAUUCAGUAACGAAACUCUCAAUUGCAGAAUUGGCGAUUUAUGUCGCUCUCCUGCCGCUCACGGGUUGGCUGCUUUACAGGCAUGGUCGACGCGCGAUCGUAGCGUUCUUCUUCGUUGUUGCCUUCGAAGUACUUCGAAUCGUCGCUGCAGGCAUUCAAAUUGGCGAUCACAAUAGCCCGCACCCAUCUAUCUCAGGAACCAUCGUCUCCUCCGUUGGCUUGAGCCCUUUGCUGCUCGCGACUGCGGGCUUUCUGGCUUUGCUAAAGGGCUACUAUGCGACAUCGAACCGCAAUGAUGCUGCAACACUCAUUGAAGAGGCGGGGAUUCAUGUUGGCGCAAUCAGUGGUAUUGCGCUGCUCGCAACCGGCGGAGCGAAGCUUGGAGGUGACCACAACACCCAAUCAGACAUCAACACGGCGUACACGCUGCUCAAGACUGGCGCCAUCAUCCUCCUACUCACAUGGAUCGCGGUCUUUCUCCUCUGUGCUCACCUUUGCCUCAAGCUUCACAAACAGCGAGCCGCAGGGUUUCUGAUGGUGUUGGCGUCCGUCUUCAUCGGCGUAAGAGCCAUCUACAGUGUGGUAUACGCCUUCGAUCAUGCCAGGUCACUGAGCCCCUUUACAGGAAGCUUUGCAGUCAAAUUCGUGUUGAUAUUUUUGGUGCAGCUCAUUUCCAUCUUGUUCUUGCUUGCUGUUGCGUUUGUGACUCGCAAUCUCCUGGCCGAUCAUGGAGUGGGCAGGUGGGACCAGGAACGGAGGGAUGCAACUCGCAGCCAGUACAGUCAAGGCAUCUCUAUCCCGCUUACACCGGGGUCUUCCAAGUGA